GCCAACGUAUGCAAACAGGAACAUGGCUACCGGUGCUUAACAUCAGCAGCCUAUCGUUUCAAUACACUUCUGUUGACCCGACACAGUCUGUGACAGUAUAAUAUUUGCUGUGCCUCCGCCACAGAAGAAAAGCCUUCUUCGAGUGUAUCGGCGGAGCAGCAGACCUUCUAAAAAAAACAACGUCUUCGUUGUUCAUCAAUCACAGACAGUGUGGGUCAACAUGGCGAGUCCAAGGACCAGAAAAGUUCUGAAGGAAGUGAGAACCCAAGAUGAGAAUAAUCUAUGUUUUGAGUGUGGUGCUUUUAACCCUCAAUGGGUCAGUGUGACCUAUGGGAUCUGGAUUUGUCUUGAGUGCUCCGGCAAGCACAGGGGCCUGGGAGUACAUCUCAGUUUUGUGCGCUCUGUCACCAUGGACAAGUGGAAAGAUAUUGAGCUUGAAAAGAUGAAAGCGGGAGGAAAUGGAAUAUUCCGUCUAUUUCUUGAAGUCCAAGAUGAUUACGAUGCGACCUGGACGUUACAGGAGAAAUACAACAGCAAAGCUGCUGCACUCUUUAGAGACAAGGUUGUAACUUUAGCCGAGGGUAAGGAGUGGUCCAUUGAGACAUCCCCUGCCAGAAACUGGACAUCUCCUCAACCCAAGACCAGCCUUUCAUCCUCUCAUCGCUCUGGAGGACCGGGACAAAGCUCAGCAAAACCUGGAGACAAAGCUUUUGAAGACUGGUUGAGUGAUGAUGUUAACUCGUAUCAGAGUGGAGGGGGCUAUAGUGGGAAUCAAGAGAAUCGGUAUGUUGGCUUUGGCAACACAGUGACCCCAGAGAAGAAAGAGGACGACUUCAUCAACAAUGCCAUGUCUUCUAUUUAUUCAGGCUGGAGCACUUUCACUGUUGGAGCUAGCAAGUUUGCUACUAUCGCUAAAGAUAAUACAUCUAAACUUGCAAACCAAGCAACCUUAAAGGCUGCAGAGUUAGGACAGACAUUAAAUGAGAAUGUUAUCAAACCCACCCAGGAAAAGGUAAAAGAUGGCAAAUUUCUAGAUGAAAUGGCAGUCGGCAUCAAUGAGCUGGCAACCAAGGUUCAGGGAGCUGGUUCAAAAUUGACAAAUCUCUUCUCGGGAAAACCGGAGGAUGGGUGUACCGGAGAGAGCUACCAGAACAUGGAUGCCACUGAGGGAUAUCAGGGCAGUUCUACCCAGCCGGUCUCAAAGGACUUCUGGGAAACCUUUGGCAGCAACAACUCCUUAAAGGCCAAGCAAUCACCCAGCAGUGACAGCUGGACCGUCGCGGAUAAUUCUGCAAAGAAGAGCUCUGACAGUUGGGACAAUUGGGGCUCCGAAGCAGCGUCCAACAACAAACAUAGCACAGAGGAGAGCUGGGAGGCCUGGGACAACAACUGGGAGAACGCAGAGGGUAAGACGAAGAAGAGUCCCACGAAACCUGCCGAGGAAACCUGGGAUAAUGCAGACUGGUAGUGACCUCACAACCAAUACAUCUCCUCACCCUUCUCCCUCUGUUUCUCUCUCUCUCUCUGCUCAUCUCACUGGCACUUUUAGGGAAAGAGCUGUGUCAGCUUAGUUCCCAUCAAUCCAUUCAAAAAUAUAUUUAUUAUAAACCCAAGAAACGAUAAAUGAAGCCCGGGGUUAGGUUUUGCUCACUGUUAAAGGAAUAUUCCUAAAAUGUACAACCAUACUGACUUGCAGUCAUGUAUUUUACUGUAAAUUGCCUUCAUCGGCAGCAAGUAAGAAGUCAGUGUAGAUAUGGUGAUAACUCUCUGCCUGGGCUCCCCAAAUAUAAUCCUCUUAACGGUGAAGAACAGUGUUCAUACCGUAUGGGUUUAAUGAUACUGGUUCUCAAUUCAAAUACAACACCGAUGCAUGACGGAGAAAAUCUGACACUGUAAAUAUCAAUUCUUGUAAAUACAGUAUGAUUGACUAAACAUUAAUGACAUGAUUUUCUGUUUGUUCAAUCAAAUGGAUUUGUUUUGCCCCUGGACCUUUUGCACAUUUUGUUCUUAUAAAUGUAUUUUGAAAAGCAUGUUUGAUUAAAUCAGAGAAACAAACAACCGCUAGAACAAGUUGGCUUUCAUGAAUCAAGUCUGUGAAUACAUAGAAUUUAAAUUCAAUAAUCUAAUGUGUAAUGAGUUGGAGCUACAGUAAUAGUAUUGUUUCAUGUUGGGGUUUUUUGUUUUCAUUUUGUUUUGUUUAAAAUGUGCAAAUAUUCGGUGGGUUUGAAAACAACGCUGUGGAUACAUUAUCAUGUUUUGAAGAGCAGAAAAUGGACUGGAUGUUUAAAAGUUUAAUUCGUUGUGUCCCAAACAAAUAAAGUUGAUCAAUAAUU